AUGAAAGGAAAUGAAAAACGGGACACGGAGAAUCAUACUUCUGUGGAUGGAUACACAGAACCACACAUCCAGCCUACCAAAUCAAGUAGCAGACAGAACAUUCCCCGGUGUAGAAACUCCAUUACGUCAGCAACAGAUGAACAGCCUCACAUUGGAAAUUAUCGAUUACAGAAAACAAUAGGGAAAGGAAAUUUUGCCAAAGUGAAAUUGGCAAGGCAUGUUCUAACUGGCAGAGAGGUUGCUGUGAAAAUAAUAGACAAAACUCAGCUAAAUCCUACCAGUCUUCAAAAGUUGUUCCGAGAAGUACGAAUCAUGAAGAUACUGAAUCAUCCUAAUAUAGUAAAAUUAUUUGAAGUUAUUGAAACAGAGAAGACCCUCUAUUUAGUCAUGGAAUACGCCAGUGGGGGUGAAGUAUUUGAUUACUUAGUUGCCCAUGGAAGAAUGAAAGAGAAAGAGGCCCGUGCAAAAUUUAGGCAGAUUGUAUCAGCUGUACAAUAUUGUCAUCAAAAAUGCAUUGUUCAUCGUGAUCUUAAGGCCGAAAACCUUCUUCUUGAUGCUGAUAUGAAUAUUAAAAUUGCUGACUUUGGUUUUAGUAAUGAAUUUACCGUUGGGAACAAAUUGGACACAUUUUGUGGAAGCCCCCCCUAUGCUGCUCCCGAGCUUUUCCAAGGGAAGAAGUACGAUGGCCCUGAAGUGGACGUGUGGAGUCUUGGCGUCAUUCUUUACACAUUAGUCAGUGGCUCGUUGCCAUUUGAUGGCCAGAACUUAAAGGAACUGCGGGAGCGAGUCUUACGAGGGAAAUACCGUAUUCCCUUCUAUAUGUCCACAGACUGUGAAAAUCUUCUAAAGAAAUUAUUAGUGUUGAAUCCAAUCAAAAGAGGCAGCUUGGAACAAAUAAUGAAAGAUCGUUGGAUGAAUGUUGGUCAUGAAGAAGAAGAACUGAAGCCAUAUACAGAACCCGAACCAGACUUCAAUGACACAAAAAGAAUAGAUGUCAUGGUCACCAUGGGUUUUGCACGAGAUGAAAUAAAUGAUGCCUUAAUAAAUCAAAAAUAUGAUGAAGUUAUGGCUACCUAUAUUCUUCUAGGUAGAAAGCCACCUGAAUUUGAAGGAGGUGAGUCUUUAUCCAGCGGAAACCUGUGUCAGAGGUCGCGGCCCAGCAGCGACUUAAAUAACAGCACCCUUCAGUCCCCCGCUCACCUGAAGGUCCAGCGAAGCAUAUCAGCAAACCAGAAGCAACGUCGUUUUAGCGAUCACGCGGGCCCAUCCAUUCCUCCUGCCGUAUCCUAUACCAAAAGGCCGCAGGCAAACAGUGUGGAAAGCGAACAGAAAGAGGAAUGGGACAAAGAUGUAGCUCGUAAACUUGGCAGCACGACAGUUGGAUCCAAAAGUGAGAUGACUACAAGUCCUCUUGUAGGGCCAGAAAGAAAAAAGUCAUCAACUAUUCCAAGUAACAAUGUAUAUUCUGGAGGUAGCAUGGCAAGGAGGAAUACAUACGUCUGCGAACGGACCACAGAUCGAUAUGUGGCGAUGCAGAAUGGAAAAGACAGCAGCCUUACGGAGAUGUCUGCAAGCAGCCUGUCUUCCGCAGGCUCUGCGGUGCCCUCAGCACGACCGCGCCACCAGAAAUCCAUGUCUACUUCCGGCCACCCGAUUAAAGUUACACUGCCAACCAUUAAAGACGGCGCUGAAGCGUACCGACCUGGUACAACGCAGAGAGUGCCUGCUGCCUCCCCGUCUGCCCACAGUAUUAGUGCCACCACUCCAGACCGAACGCGCUUUCCCCGAGGGAGCUCCAGCCGAAGCACUUUCCACGGUGAACAGCUCCGGGAGCGCCGCAGUGCUGCGUACAAUGGACCACCUGCUUCACCUUCCCAUGAAACGGGGGCAUUUUCACAUGCCAGGAGGGGGACGUCUACUGGCAUCAUCAGCAAAAUCACAUCCAAAUUUGUCCGCAGGGAUCCAAGUGAAGGCGAAGCCAGUGGCAGAGCCGACACCUCAAGAAGUACAUCAGGAGACCCCAAAGAAAGAGACAAAGAAGAGGGUAAAGACUCCAAACCGCGUUCUCUGCGGUUCACGUGGAGCAUGAAGACCACUAGUUCAAUGGACCCCAAUGACAUGAUGCGAGAAAUCCGGAAAGUGUUAGAUGCAAAUAACUGUGAUUACGAACAAAAGGAGAGGUUCUUGCUCUUCUGUGUCCAUGGAGACGCCAGACAGGACAGCCUCGUGCAGUGGGAGAUGGAAGUCUGCAAGCUGCCGCGGCUGUCCCUUAACGGCGUCCGCUUCAAGCGGAUAUCGGGAACAUCUAUUGCCUUUAAGAACAUUGCCUCCAAAAUAGCAAAUGAGCUUAAGCUGUAAAGCAGCCCACGCUGACAGGAUCAGGGAAGAUACCGCCCAUCUCUGAGGUACAGUUUUUGAAUGUACUGGUAAUGCCGAAUGUGAUUGGCCUGUGAAACUCCCUCUGUAGACUCUGCCCUUAAUGCAAUAAGGUUAUACAUAGUUAUGAACUGUAAAAUUAAAGUCAGUAUGAACUAUAAUAAAUAUCUCUAGCUAUAAAGCCUAGGUUCACAUGUACAGGUAAGUAUAUCGUGUAUUUCUGUUCAUUUUCUGUUCAUAGAGUUGUAUAAUAAAACAAAUGAUUGCUUCAAAACCUGUAUAGUUGUCUAGAUUUCUGCAUAUAGAUGUAUGUCUAAAUGCUUUGAGUUGAAAAUGUUCUCCGUGUUAUUUACAUUUUGGUGGGUUUUUAAAAAUUCUUACCUCUAUCAUGCAGUUUUGAAAAUUGUGUCCAGAAUUAAAAGUACACAAAAAAAUAGUCUUUAUGAUUACAGCAUGGACUUUUAAACAUUAUUUUUAAAUCCUAUAUACAUUGAAAGCAGAAGCUGACAAAUAGGUCAGCUCUUACUACACACUGAUUCUUCCUGCUUCCCUUUGCUUGUACUAGUGGUCAAACAAGGGUUAGUUGAAAAGAUUAAAAAAUGUUUACAGUGUUGGCUCUUAGUUUUCAAGAUAAAGUACACGGAAAUACAGAUUAGCUUUGCCACAAGCUUAAUUAAGAAGUACUGGGAAGAAAAAUUAAGCAUAGAUAAACUUUCUUUUGAACUUCAACGUGUUUUCCAGCCCUCUGCUAAUGUUAGCAGCAAACUUAUGAAGAGUAACUCCUUCCAGUGAUUGUGAUGUAGCUCUCCCUUAGAUGUGCUGCCUUCAGAACACCCUAAACUCACUUCAGGGUACACUAUGGGACAGCUUCAUAGCACAGGCUCACUUUCCAGUGUUGAUCAAUGCAGCAGUUAAGAAAUAAUGCCACCUCAGGAAUUAACUGGCAUUGGCAACAUUUGCCUCAUUCUCUUUCCAUCCUCCUCAUCCAUCCUCUGCCACGGUAAUACCUGUAAGUACUUAAGAGACUUUUGAGCAAAACAUGCUAUUUAUAUAACAGUAAUAUGAUUGAUUUAUGCUUAUGUGGUUGUUGGAUUUGUUUCCAUGUAACCUGUUUGUUUUUAAUAUUUUGCCAGAUUUCCUGUAUUUAUUCCACAUCAUUAUGCCUAUAAUGUGGAGCUUUGUCAUUGGGCGUUUGUCUACUUUUCUUUCAUAGCUAGUGAUAUAUGCGAUGUAAGACCACUAGUAAAGGUACAUUUUAAUACUUGUUAUUUUAUACUGACUUAACCUCAGAGGUUGACUGUGCAAUGUUAUUUAAUGUUGUAAUUACUGUAAUAGCGACACGCGGGCCCCAUCUGUACACUCCUGAGAGAUGGAAAGUGUAUUCAGAUUUCUUCAUUUUAAAGAGAAAGUCAAGCCGUGAUGAAUACUGUAAACCCAACCUGCACUAGGGAGCUCGGCGUGCAGGUGACGUGCCAUUCCACAGUGGCUUCAGACUAGGGUGAAUUUGACACUGCGCUGUGCUGUGAUGUAGCUUUCUUCUGUAACACUUCGGUUCCAAAAUGAAAUGGAUUUUUGCCUUAGCAAAGGGUGGUGUUUGGAAAAACAGAAACAAAACUGUGUAGCCCCUUUUUAACCUAGUGUUCGUUCCAAAAAAUUGAUGCAAAUCUUUAUUCACUUUCACUGGUGCACACUGAAAUUUUACUUGAACCGUUCUCAUAAUAAAGCACUUGUCUUUUGCUCUUUA